CGCGUCGCGCACGCGCUUCCCUUUCUCCUCGCGGUCAGCAGCGCACGCGGCGUCCUGAUGAAUCCUCGCGCGCGCGGCUCCUCCAACAUACAAUGGAUUAACAGGAAAGACAUGAGCGCACGCACCGAGGACGGCGUAAGCCUGUGCCAGCGGGCGCUACAGAUCAUCACCGAGCUGUGCCUCGCCGGCCACGUCAACCGGGAGAAAUGCGCGGACAUCUUUCCAACCGAGAGCAACAUACCAGGUAAAAGGAGUUCAGACAUCUCUGUAAGUCUCCUAGCUGUGCUCGUGGGUUUCUGUGGACUCGCCCUGUUGGUAGUCUCUCUCUUUGUGUUUUGGAAGCUGUGCUGGCCCAUCUGGAGAAGCAAAGCAAUCUCUUCACACAGCGAGACUGUCUCCCAAGGGGUGCUGCCCGAGGCACCAGCGCCCGCACCUCUUGUCCCGCCGUCUCUUCCAGAGCGCCAGGGCUUACAAGCCGAGAAGCAGGAAAAGAAAGAGGAGGAGGAGGAGGAGCAGAGGAGGAAGGUGCCUGAGGUGAAGGUAAACGGUUGUAGGUCAGUGAAAUCUCUUGAGGCAGCCAUGAAGAUCAGCCAGACAUCUCCAGACAUCCCGGCUGAGGUGCAGCAGACAAUACGCGGACGCCUCAGUAAGAAGACCAAGAUUCAGAAACAGAGCACUGAACCCACCUCCUUCUCCAGACACAAUUCCUUUCGUCGCCUUCUCCGACGGCAGAUGAAUGUCACCAGUGUGGACUUUACCAUGGACACUCUGCCAGUGAGACAAUCCUCAGCAGUCAGCAUUGGACGCAUAAAGCCAGAACUCUACAAGCAGAAGUCUGUGGACUCAGAAGAAGGGAACAAGGAGCCAGUGGAGACAUGUGGCAAGCUUAGCUUUGCACUGAAGUACGACUAUGAGGAGCAGGCUUUAGUUGUGCGCAUCCUUAAAGCGCUGGACCUGCCAGCCAAGGACUUCACAGGUACCUCCGACCCCUACGUAAAGAUCUACUUGCUCCCUGAGCGUAAAAAAAAGUUCCAGACACGGGUCCAUCGAAAGACACUCAACCCUACAUUUGACGAGGUAUUCUGUUUCCCGGUGGAGUACGAUCAGCUGUGUAACCGCAAGUUGCACUUCAGCGUCUACGAUUUUGACCGCUUCACGAGUCAUGACAUGAUCGGCGAGGUAGUGGUGGACAACCUGUUUGAGCUCUCAGACCUGUCGCGUGAGGCUGUAGUCUGGAAGGACAUUCUCGCAUCCACUACAGAAAGUGUGGAUUUGGGGGAAAUUAUGUACUCCCUCUGCUACCUUCCCACGGCUGGCCGGAUGACUCUGACUGUCAUCAAGUGCCGAAAUCUAAAAGCCAUGGACAUUACUGGCUCCUCUGACCCGUACGUUAAAGUGUCGCUGAUUUGUGAUGGUCGAAGGCUGAAGAAACGGAAGACCACCACUAAGAAGAGCACACUCAACCCUGUGUACAACGAGGCCAUCAUCUUUGACAUCCCUCCUGAGAACGUAGAGCAAGUCAGCCUGUCGAUUGUGGUGAUGGAUUAUGACAGAGUUGGACACAAUGAGGUGAUCGGUGUGUGUCGGACAGGACCCGAUGCAGAGGGGCUGGGUCGAGACCACUGGAACGAGAUGCUGGCCUACCCACGCAAGCCCAUCACCCACUGGCAUGCCCUGUGUGAGUGGCCGGGAAGGGGAUCCAGUUUUGAAAGCCAGGCUUCCUGCCCUUCACCUAAACCUCCACAGACUCCAUGACCACAAUGAGAUUCUGAAAGACACAAAUCUUUUCACACAGCUUAAUGGCCAUGUUUUUGGUUUGUAUCACCAGAUAUCGCUUUUUCUCUUGUUGUAGCUUGUAAAAUUCCAGAAUUUUGCCAGAGGAUAACAUGCAGUGCAGGUAUCCCAUGUACACACAGCUAAUGUGACUAUUACCUCUAGAACCUGUGCUGAAAGUGUGUGGGUUAAAAGCAAUGGGUGAUGCAGCAAAUUUAUUGAAUGGUGUUGUGAUGGAAUGUGAUGUUUGACAGUAUAAUGAUACUACAUUAGUGACAUAUUAGUAGCCUUUCAAUUUUUGUCUUUUGCAUAAUAGAAAAAAAUGAUGAGAAUAUUUGAUGUUUUAAAUAUUUAUUUUUUUAACUGACAACCAUAAUAGUGUCAUGUGAAUUUGAAAUCUAACCUUAUUUUGUGUGUGAUUUGGAAGUUAAAACAGCAGCCCUGAAUAGUCACAUGACUGAUGUAGAUAUAUGAUGUAGAUACACAUCUAUGGUAAAAAAAAAAAAAAAAAAAAUGUAUGCAAAUGUUUAUGCUCCUGCUUUAUGGGUACGUAUACAUUUCUUACUUUUGUAAAGUGAAUCACUUUUUUUUAAACUUUCCAUUUACUAUAAUCACUGAUCACACAGCGAAACGGAAACUGGACAUUAAAGCCUAGUCUCAAAAUAUAGCCUAUAACGAACUGUUCAUCAGAAAACAGGUCACAGCUAGUCAUUUCAGUUCUUUAGACACAUUGUAGUGUAUGCUCCAAUUCUGAAGUUGGUCUUAAAUGUUUAAUAUGCACAAACCAUUUUAUCCAACAAAUAUAGAAAAAAAAAUGUAUGAAUUUAAAUCUGCAAUUUCCUGAUUUGGGGAAAGACCUCAGGCUUACGAAAGCAAUCCAGCGUAGUGGUGCUUCUUCACUGACAGGAAUAAGAGCUAGAACCCAGCAAGCCAUAUGUCAAAUUAAAAAAAACAACAAAACAUUCAACAAGAUGUUAAGAAGAGAGCAGAAAUCAAACUUUAGUUAGAAAAAUGAAUGCGCAUUUUAGGAAACGGUUUACAGCAUGGAGGAGAUGUAAUGAUCUGUCAGCCUCAUGAUGCUUUCAUGACAGUACAGAUUUUGUAAAAGAGGAAAUUCACAGUAGCAUAUAAUGUAGCAUGAGGAUUUAUUUCUUUUAUUUCUUUUUUUUUUAAAAAUUAUUUAUUAAGUCAUCACAUGCGCAACAAAGGUAGUAAAUUAUCACAAUAAAAAAAUACUCAUAGAGUGCAGUAACCAAAAAUAAAUAAUGAAUCAUUUGUUUGUUAUGAUCUUUUUCACUCCUUCAUGUCUCCCUGGAUAUAAUUAAAUAUGCACUGAAGCCCAUGUGCAUAAGGCAGAGAAUGCUGUUUAUAUCUAUAGAAGUGUUUAAAGGCUCAUUGCUAAAGUCUAUUUUUAUUGAUCAAUUAUGAAAAUUAGAUAUUACACUAUUUUUGAAAUUAAAAUGUUGAAAUUAAAACCAUUUUUGACAGCAGUGACAAAAUGAAGUAUUCAGUUUCAUACAAGAAUGAGCUACGAAAAUUGUAUUUUUAAAUAUGAAAAAUAAAUUAGGUAGAAUAGUUUAAGGAUGAAAUAAGUUAUUGGUCGUGAACUUGGAUUUUGGGACAUUUGAUUCUGUCCCUUUAACCUAUCUGUUAUUUCCUCUUCUUUACUUAAGACUUAGAAUGUAGAGCUAAGGAUAACACGUCCCAGCGAAUUGUUUAACUUAAAAUAGUAGUAGUAAGUACUAGUAUUUUAGUUAGUAGUAAAAUGAACCUUCCUGUGUAUUUUGUAUGGUCUUGAUUUAAUUCAAGUUGAUUAAAUUUUUUUAUUUUAACUCAGUACAUGCUUUGUAACUGAAUAAGAAACAGGUAUAUCGAGGAGAUUAGAAGCUUGGAAACAUUUAUUUUCCCAGUGGGUUGCACAAAAACAGUUGACGCAGCAGUAAAACUGAAACACCUUGCAAUUAUGCAAAUUAGCCUCAGUAUUUAAAUUUUAUGCAACAUUCUUUGGACCAAAACUACAAUCCAGAAUUUACAUUAUGUUUGUCUGUUCCCCAUAACCACUGAUUUCAUGUUACCAUUAGCAACACAGCAUUCCUAGUAUGAAUUAGUGAUUGAGUAUCCACGUAGAUUUGGAAAUCAUAUAAGAUACGUGAAUUUUACAACUCUCAAACAAUCGGCCGCUAAAAGUGCUCUGUCUUUUAAGUGUUUGCAAAAGUAAUGCAAUGAACAUGGCAAAUAUAUAAAGGCUGUGUACUGUUACCUUUCAUUUGCACAGUAGGACUAUGUUUCUGCCCCACUAAAAAAAAAAGUAAUGCGUUCUUGUAGCAUGUUGACACCAGUCUCUCUAUUUCCUUGAUAAUAUUCGAAAUUUUAAAUAUGAACUACUGAAUUUUGGCGUUGUCCUUGUAUUUGCACAUAUCCUCCUUUCCAGUGCCAACGUGCAUAAAUACUUGAGCGUAAAUACUUGAUUUUCUUGAAAUAUGUUGGUGUAUUUCUAUGGGUUGUUUGGUGAUAAUUUGAUAAACUUGUGAUCUUAUAUAACUUUAUAUACAAUUUGCAUCUAUUGUGAAAUGUUGAAUUGAACUUGCUGAAAGUGCUAUUCUUUGAGCCAUUGAAUAGUUACUUGGUAAAAUCCCAUGCUUUUUGUCUUACUUGUAUCUGGCAAAGAAAAAAAGUGUUCACUACUCGUCGUCAUGAAAUGUACAGUUUUGUGAUAACUUUUGUAACUAUUCAGUAAAUACUGAGUAUUGUAAUUUUACCGUGUCUGUUUCUUAUGUACUUUAACUAAA